ACUACAGCACCCAGCGUGCACUCUGAAACGCUGUACUUUUCUCUCCGGCACAAGGGUCGGUAAGCCCUGGGAGCUGGCUGUGGAGAUCCUGAGCUUCCUACAGAAGUGCUGAAAAGUCUGCAUUUCAGGAUAGUAUCAAAUUAAUCUGAAGUCCAGGCGUGCAGACUCACUUCAUCUUGCUUCUCAAAAGGGGCAGCAUGGGUCGGCUUGAUGGGAAGGUAAUAUUGCUGUCUGCAGCCGCACAAGGGAUUGGACGAGCAGCUGCUAUAGCUUUUGCAAAAGAGGGAGCAAAGGUCAUUGCUACAGACAUCAGUGAGUCCAAGCUGCAAGAACUGGAGGAGUAUUCAGGCAUUCAAACACGGUUGCUGGAUGUCACCAGCAGAGAACAAAUAGAAAAUCUGGCCAAGGAGAUUGAAAGGAUUGAUGUCCUCUGUAAUGUUGCAGGUUUUGUCCAUCACGGAACCAUUCUGGAGUGUGAGGAGACAGACUGGAACUUCACAAUGAACCUCAACGUUCGCAGCAUGUAUCUAAUGAUCAAGACAUUCCUUCCAAAGAUGCUUGCACAGAAAUCUGGAAACAUUAUCAACAUGUCUUCUGUGGCAUCCAGCAUUAAAGGAGUUGUAAACCGAUGUGUUUAUAGCACUUCAAAGGCAGCAAUUAUUGGUCUAACCAAGUCUGUAGCUGCUGAUUUCAUUGGACAAGGCAUCAGAUGCAACUGCAUAUGUCCAGGAACUGUUGACACUCCAUCUCUACAUGAGAGGAUCCAAGCCAGGCCCAACCCAGAACAGGCCCUGAAAGACUUUCUGGCUAGACAGAAGACUGGUAGGAUAGCUACUGCUGAAGAAGUGGCCCACCUCUUUGUAUACCUGGCCUCUGACGAAUCUGCCUACAUGACUGGCAAUGAGCUUAUCAUUGAUGGAGGCUGGAGCUUGUGACUUACGAAACUUUCAGCGGAAGUUUUCAAUGGAAAUUCAUAGUAUGAAAGGCAAAUAAUGAAGAGAUUAUCACAUUUCUCUAUUAAUAUAGUUUGCACUAUUUUAAUGACUAAAAUGAUUGACCUUCAAAUAAAAGUCAG